UACUCCUAACAAUCCUCAGUUUGUUUUUUAACCUUAAGUAACAAACUAAUUCAACUGCAGUGCCUCCCCUCUUUUUAAGUCCAACCCAAUGCCCUCACUUCCUCAUCAAACACUAUCACUUUCUUCUUCCUAGCGCUAGAGAUCAACCAAGCAGAGAGCUCCCUACACAAUCCAAAUUCUACUUCAUGGAACCCUCCAAAGUAGUUCUCUUCUUUUUUCUUCUUUCUACCUUCCAAGUCUUGUUUGUAACUUGCACGAAAUUUGAAGUUGGAGGCAAGAAUGGGUGGGAGGUCCCCAAAUCAAAGAAUGACCAACAAAUGUAUAACCAAUGGGCAUCAGAUAACAGGUUCAAGGUCGAUGACACUCUCCAUUUCAACUACACCAAAGACUCGGUGCUGGUGGUGACCAAGGACGAGUACGAAAAAUGCCAUUCUGCUCAUCCCAUCUUCUUCUCCAACCAUGGUGUGACUGUGUUCACAUUAGACCGGCCUGGUUUGUUCUAUUUCAUUAGUGGGGUUUCUGGGCACUGCGAGAGAGGCCAGAAGAUGAUCAUCAAAGUGUUGGAACCAGCAAGCCCACCUCAAUCUGCUGACCAGAACGAGCAGAAGAAUGAUGCUGCAGUUGCAAUGGCUACCAUCUCUUCUGCAACUCUCAUGUCCUGCAUUAUGUCAUUUGUGGGGGUCCUUUUCUUCUGAAUGCAGUGAUUAGUGAUGGUUACUAUAUUUUCCUUUGCUAUUUUUUCCCAUACCCCUGAUUCUUAAUUAGGUUUUUUCUUUUAGUUUGUUUCCAUUAAUUGGGUCAGUUGAGAUUAAAAGGAGUGUAGGACUGGAACUGAUUGAGAUUAGGAAAUUAUAUUUGUUUGAAGUAUGAUA